GGCCCUUCAUUAACUAUGGCUCUUCCUAUAUUUAUACAAUGCUUUGCCAUCUUCUAUUUCUCAACUCUUUUAUCUGUCAUUGUUUUGCUCUCCAUGGGGCUUCAUCAGCUUAUCACCGCACUUAUCUUUGCUUUGGUUCUUGCUAGGGUUGAGCUCUCAGCAUGCCAUGUCUUGAAAGGCUCUGUCACUUGCCUUGACUGCAAUCCCCACUACGAUCUUUCUGACAUCAAGGUUCUAGUGAAGUGCAGCCAAGUGAAGAAGUUGGCAAUGGCAACCACAACUGAAAAUGGAACCUUCGAAACUGAGCUUCCCUCCGACGCUCAACCACCGCCUUCCUUCAACUGCCUAGCCAGUGUCUUCGGCGGUCCGAGCCAGCUCUAUGUCUCGAGAAAGAACAUGGUUUCAAGGACUACAAAGCUCUCUCAAUCAGACUCCUACACCAUUUCCACUCCACUCAAGUUCCACACAUCAUGCCCUUUGGCCAACAAGGACACCGCCAAAUGCGGCCCCCAAAACGCUGUUAUUGGGUCGUCGAAGACUGUCGAUCUGCCUCUGCCACCGGAGUGGGGACUAGCUCCGACCAGCUACUAUUUUCCCUUCAUGCCCAUCAUCGGCAUACCUUAAGUUGUUCUAUAGUACUCAUGUUUAUAGUACUCAUGUUUUAAAGUUUAUGUAAUAUGUAAUUUUACGCGUGUCAGACAUAUUUUGUAGUUCUCAAAUAUGUAGGUCCACUCAUGGUGUGUGUUUUGUUUGAUUUGUUUAUGGUGCAACUUAUAUUAGUGGUACCAGUUCAAGAAAACUUAUAUUAGUCGUAUGUAUGACUAA